UUGACCGACUGCCGCCAUAUACCUGGAAUAUUGCAUACCUUCUUUUACUCUCAGUCCUAGGUUAAUAGGAACCAUCUGGGUGGAAACAAACGCGAGUCUGUAUAUUACAUAACAUUGGGUAUUCAUGUCCUUAACCCGUUUGGUGACACCGAAACCAGUUAUAGAUGUAAUCAGUGACGUAAUGUUAAUGAAGCAGGUCAAAGAAGGAAGCUACAUUAUCCCUGACCCUGUGUUGAUGUGCUAGCGUGAUGCUGGUACUGAGGACAACAGGUGUUGAUCUGGUGGAGGGAGGACUACACGUGUAGGUGUUCAACCUGUGAAAGGAGGGUUACUGAAGAUGUAUCCUGGUUCAUCCUGUAGCCUGGAGCCGGCUAGUCAGCUUCAUCAACUCGUUAUCCAACACUGCCUACUCCUGGGAUAAAGGAUCCAACAGCCAGGUUAAAUCGAUCCAACAGCCAGGGCAAAUCCAGGAUGGCGACCAGACAAGGCGCGGCUGUGCUCGUCUACAUUUUGAUGAUAAUGUUUGGGGUGUCGUCCUGGGUGGACAUCAAUGGUUUGUGGGUGGAGCUACCCAUCAUGGUCCAGGAGCUUCCAGAAGGGUGGAAUCUACCCUCGUACAUUGUCGUUCUGACCCAGCUUGCAAACAUUGGACCAGUUAUUUACAGUUUACUGUGUUCGAACCGUGUGUCGGAGAAAUUGGUCAUUUACUUCAUCAUUGGCAUCGGGGCCUUAACGUGUCUCUUGUUGGUGUUCUUCUGGCAGACGACAACCAUCGUUGCUGGAGCUCCCCACAGCACCGCUAUGUUUAUUUUGAAUUUUAUCCUGGCGCUAGUGGACUGUACAUCCACUGUCGUCUUCUUCCCCUUCAUGGCUACGUUUAAACCUGUGUAUAUGAGUGCCUACUUCAGCGGAGAAGGUCUUGGUGGCCUCCUUGCAGGGUUAUUAGGACUCGCCCAAGGGGCAGGCCGUAUUGUCUGCCUCAAUGUUACAGAAUACGUCAAUGCAACCAUCAACACGACGGCGUCACUAGAAGCCGUGACAACCAUGACAGCGAUAUACGAAGAUAACAAUUUCUCAUUCGAGGUUUAUUUUGCCAUCAUCACCGGCAUCAUUGUCAUGUCCGGGGUGGCCUUCACCUUCCUCGCGUUCCAUCCACUGUGUAAAGAGGAGCAUGUCCAACAAACACACAAACAGACAAAGAAGACUUCGCAGAAACGUGAUUCUCAAGCAUCUAUGGAGCUUCAAGCGGAUGAGAAAAACCGCCAAAUAGAACUGAUCAGUUAUGAAAGAAAACACCUUGACGAACCGGUUGGAAUUGACGUCAAGAACGAUACUGACGGUAUUAAGACGGCAGUUUUCAGUGAAGAAGGUAGCACAAAUAUGAAGGACAAAACUUGUGACGUAAAGGCAACGACUGGAACAGAGUACAUCAUUUCACUUCUAUUAACAGGAUGGGUGAACUGUUUGAGGAACUCGGCGCUGUUGGCCGUUCAGUCCUACUCUUGUCUACCUUACGGUGUCACCCAGUACCAUCUGGCUGUAACGCUAGCAAAUCUAGCCAAUCCACUGGCGUGUUUCUUUGACCUUUUCAUCCACGUCACUUCCGUUCCUGCGCUGUCCUCCCUGACCCUGCUGGGCUCCCUACUCGGGGUUUACAUCAUGGCGGCGGCGGUGAUGAGCCCUGUGCCAGUUCUUGUGGGAACACUGGCUGGAUCCAUCUUGAUUGUGUCAGUGUGGGUGGUCUGUGUAUUCAUCCUCACCUACGCGAAGGUGUCACUGGCGUCGCUCUUCAGGGCGGAAGGCAAGAAAGGUCUGCUUCACUGUGGCGUAGCAACACAAGUCGGCUCCGCCAUUGGAGGUGUUUCUAUGUUCGUCUUCGUUAACAUACUUAAUCUCUUCAAGACUGUCGAUCCCUGUUCUUAGAUCGUUCACAAAAAGGCUUGGUUUGUUAUAUAUUUCACCAGACUACGCCAGGACUGCUACAGCUCUAUUUUAUGUAUAAUAUUUUGAAAGAUUCGACUUGAUUAAAUACUGUGAAGCCAC